UCACCACAGACAGACACACAGACGGAAAAACAGACGACCAGAUUCACCUUCAGAUCAAACUAACAACUUCCUCUGAGUGAGUUCAGCUACAGGAGAGAAAAGUGGAAAACUACAACACUGCUGCUUCAACCUGCUGACACUCCACACACUGACGCUUCACUCAGAGAUAAAAUGGCUUCCAGAUCAGAGGAGGAUCUCUGCUGUCCGGUCUGUCACGAUGUCUUUAGAAAUCCUGUUCUUCUGUCAUGUAGCCACAGCUUCUGUAAAGACUGUCUGCAGAGCUGGUGGACAGAGAAACCAACACAGGAGUGUCCAGUUUGUAAUAAAAGAUCUUCAAGGGAAGAACCACCUUGUAACCUGGUGUUGAAGAACCUGUGUGAGGCCUUCUUACUGGAGAGAGAUCAGAGAGCUUCAGAGGCUCUCUGCAGUCUGCACUCUGAGAAACUCAAACUCUUCUGUCUGGACCAUCAGCAGCCAGUGUGUCUCAUCUGUCUGCAUUCAGAAACACACUCCAACCACAGAAUCAGACCCAACUACAGGAGAGAAAAGUGGAAAACUACAACACUGCUGCUUCAACCUGCUGACACACCACACACUGACGCUUCACUCAGAGAUAAAAUGGCUUCCAGAUCAGAGGAGGAUCUCCGCUGUCCAGUCUGCCAUGAUGUCUUUAGAAAUCCUGUUGUUCUGACAUGUAGCCACAGCUUCUGUAAAGGCUGUCUGCAGAGAUGGUGGAGACAGAAACAAGCUCGAGAGUGUCCAGUCUGUAAGACGACAUCUUCAAAUGCAAAACCACCUUGUAACCUGGUGUUGAAGAACCUGUGUGAGGCCUUCUUACUGGAGAGAGAUCAGAGAGCUUCAGAGGCUCUCUGCAGUCUGCACUCUGAGAAACUCAAACUCUUCUGUCUGGACCAUCAGCAGUCAGUGUGUGUCAUCUGUCUGCAUUCAGAAACACACUCCAACCACAGAAUCAGACCCGUCGAUGAAGCUGCACGACAACACAGGAAGGAGCUUCAGGAAACUCUGGAGCCCUUAAAGGAGAAGUUAAAGAUUUUUGAACAAGUUAAAGUGAAGUUUGAUCAAACAGCAAAACACAUAAAGGUCCAGGCGCGACGCACAGAGACGCAGAUUAAGGAUCAGUUUGAGAAGCUUCACCAGUUUCUAGAAGAGGAAGAGGAGGCCAGGUUGGCUGCACUGAGGGAGGAAGAGGAGCAGAAGAGUCAGAGGAUGAAGGAGAAGAUGGAGGCUCUGAGCAGAGAGAUAGCAGCUCUUUCAGACACAGUCAGAGCCACAGAGGAGCAGCUGAGAGCUGAAGACGUCUCAUUCCUGAUCAACUACAAGGCUGCAGUGGAAAGAGUCCAGCAGCGCCCCCUGUUGGAUGAUCCACAGCUGCUCUCAGGAGCUCUGAUAGACCAGGCCAAACACCUGGGCAACCUGAGCUUCAACAUCUGGAACAAGAUGAAGGACAUGGUCUCCUACACUCCUGUGAUUCUGGAUCCAAACAUUGCUCUACCAUAUCUCAUCCUGUCUGAAGAUCUGACCAGUAUGAGAGUAGGAGAGGAACAGCAGCUUCCUGAUAAUCCAGAGAGGUUUGAUUCUCACCGCUCUGUCCUGGGCUCUGAGGGCUUUAACUCAGGGACUCACAGCUGGGAUGUCGAGGUUGGAGACAGUACAGUCUGGUCACUGGGCGUGUUAGCAGAGUCUGCCCAGAGGAAGGGAAGCAUAGAGUCUGGAUUAUGGAGAAUAAAGUUCUAUGAAGGUAUAUACUUCGCAGAGUCAACAUCAGGUUCAUUCACCUAUCUCGUAGUGCAGAAGCAGCUCCAGAGGAUCAGAGUGACUCUGGACUGGAACAGAGGAGAGCUGUUGUUCUCUGAUGUUGAUACUGACACACACAUACACACCUUCACGCACACUUUCACUGAGAGGAUGUUUCCAUUUAUUAACACUUGGAGUAAAUUGAAGAUAUCACCAGUGAAGGUGUGUGUGACAGUGGAGCAGAGCAGUUAGAGAUAAAGAGGAUGAUUAUAUUCAUGAUGUUUAUUUCUUGAAGGGCCUCUUAAUCUGAACCUGUCAUCCUAAUG